UGCCCCACACUCCCCCUUCUUUCUCCCUCUUCUCCUUCUUCUCUCUCUUCUCACAUUGCGCUCUGUCUCUAUUGCUUCUCUUAUCAAUCAUGUUGUAACAGUCACCCUCCCAUGAUAUUACAUCACCUCUACAGUACUCCCAACACAUCUCAAAGAGCUGCCUUUAGCUACAGCCUUUUGGAUAUUUUGGGGGCAGUCCCUUCUCUUCAAAAGGAUAGUUUUCAUGUUUCUUUGCACUUCCUUCUUUCUCCCGUUUCUUUCCCUUUCUAACAGUGAUUUCACCCCUACCAUCUCUUCCUGUUUGUUGGCACAGUGGUUGUUCGACGUGAAAGCACCCAUCUUUUCCUUGUCCAUCACACACUCACAUCUGCUUUCUCACUCACCGUGUUCAUUGCCUUCUUGACUCUCUCUCUCCCUCUCUCCCUCUCUCCCUCUCUCUCUCUCCUCCUGCUAUCUUAUCAAGAACAGGGUGUGGAGGUAAGGAGUUUAUUGAGUUGUUGAGCUAUUCUUUGUUCUGCUAUUGUUUUUGCUUGGUGAGGAAUGGGAUCGUUGGGUGGAGGGGAAGCUGUGAGGAGGAGAAAGGCAAUGUGGCUCUACCCGAAGGUGAUAGGAUUUAACCCUCCUGAGAGAUGGGGGCACUCUGCUUGUUUCUCUGAUGGCGUCCUCUAUGUUUUCGGGGGAUGCUGUGGUGGAUUGCAUUUCAGUGAUGUGCUUACUCUUAAUCUUGAUACAAUGAUCUGGAGCUCUCUUGCCACCACCGGCCACAAACCGGGCACUCGAGAUAGUCACAGCGCAGUGAUUAUAGGCCAAAGAAUGGUUGUCUUAGGAGGCACAAAUGGUGCAAAGAAGGUAAAUGAUCUUCACAUCUUGGAUCUUCGGAUGAAAGAAUGGAGCAAACCUACUUGCAAUGGUACUCCGCCUUCUCCACGAGAAAGCCACACAGCCACUCUUAUUGGUGAAGAUAGGCUAGUAAUAUUUGGAGGCAGUGGAGAAGGUGAAGCUAACUAUUUGAGUGAUGUUCAUUUUCUGGACCUCAGUACCAUGACUUGGACUUCGCCGGAGGUGAAAGGAGAUCCUCCGGCCCCUAGAGAUAGCCAUACUGCAGUUGCCAUUGGCAAUAAACUUCUAAUAUAUGGUGGUGAUUGCGGCGAUCGUUAUCACGGUGAAGUUGAUGUUCUGGACACCGACGCCAUGUCUUGGUCAAGGUUGAUGGUUCAGGGAUCUUCUCCUGGAGUUAGAGCUGGUCAUGCUACUGUUACUAUAGGGACAAAGGUUUACAUUAUUGGUGGAGUUGGUGAUAAGCAAUAUUACAGUGAUGUUUGGGUUCUUGAUGUGGCCACCUGUGCUUGGACUCAACUCGACAUUCGCGGCCAACAGCCGCAGGGGCGGUUCUCUCAUACUGCCGUGGUUGCUAAUGCUGAUAUCGCUAUUUAUGGAGGUUGCGGAGAAGAUGAGCGCCCGCUCAAUGAACUCUUGAUACUGCAAUUAGGAUCAGAGCAUCCCAAUGGUCGUUACAACGUGUCGAUGUGCAAGAUUUUCGGUAACCAUUGGAGCCAAGAGAAGAAGAAAUUUUUAAGAGCAGAUAAUCAGCAAAAUGUGAUUUUGAAUAAUGGAGACUUAAACCGGAAGCCUCCUGAGGUGGAUAUUGAACAAAAGAGUGCUAUUUUUCGCAGCCCAGAUAACUUGCGAGCGAAAAGGAGGAGAGCCGAUGAUUCAAAAGUAUUGGAUAUUGAAUCAGAGCAGGAGGAACAUUCUCUUUCACUCUCCCAACACUCUUCACCAUCUCAAUCAGACCAAGAACAGAAUACAUCACAGAAGCUCUCUUCCUGUAACAAAGGCCACAAGAUACUGCCAUUGCAACCGCAUUUUGCUCAUUUCAAGUGGAAAGAAAGGGCUUGCCAAGAUGCACAUGGUGUGAGCAGAGAAGCUGGAAGAAAGACUAAAACUGAGCAGUUUCUUCGCGCGGUUGUCCCUCCAAAGCACGAAAUGCAGUUCUUGACAUCUGAUCAGAAAUUUCCGCCUGUGAGGCCUGCCAUUCCUCCCCUGUUUGGGGCUGAGGUUCAUGGUACAGUAGAUGGAGCUUUUGAUUCUGGCUACCUGAUGACUGCCAAUGUUAAAGGUCAAAUAUUCAGAGGUGUCUUGUUUGCUCCAGGUCCAAGUGUAGUAGCAGUUCCAAGACAACAAACACAUUCUCAAAGCCCAGCAACUGCUCCACAGCAAUCCACAGCUCCAGCUCAAUCCAUCCCCAUCCAUGUCAGGCCACCACAGAAGACCAGUUUCUUAUUCCAAGAAGGCGGUCACCAUGCCGGCCACCCCGACCCUGUCCAUGUCUUGAAGGCCCAGCCGGCGAGGCUGAACAGUGACCUCCAAGGUGUAGUUCUCUCCCUUGGAGGGCCUGGUGGUGGGGGAAGUAGUCAUGGAGCAACAUAGAAAAUGAAGAGAUGUAGCUACGAUCAAGCCUAGGCCUUCUCUUCUUUUAUGUUUUUUGAAGUUCUGACAUGUUAAGUGUAGAUGAUUUAUGGUGAUUUUAGCUUAAGCUGUUGUAUUUGAAGUUGGUUUUGAUCUUUAUAUAGAUAUAUAAAUAUGGUUAGUAUGAGUAUUUCAUUUGUGUGAAAUACUGAGUAUAAUCAAUAAUAGUUUGUUUUGGGGUAAUUGUGGGGUUUUUAUUGGUACUAAUUUAAGCUAUU